CCAAUUUUUCCAGCUACUGUAGUAAUGAAUCGUACAGCGUAGAGCUGUUUGUCAUUGUCAGAAUGCCAUCAUCACGACGCGGGUCGACUUCUAGCACAGAGACUGUCGUCCCAGAACUGGGUGAGCGAAGAGAUACCACAGGCAGCGACUCAGGACCCUGUGCGCGGUGCAGAGACCUCGUAUUUAGCGUUCUUCCGAGCUCGAGUCUGCUUGAAGAGCAGCUCAUCGCAGGAAGCAGGGAUAGCCAGACCUUCGACACUUCAUUACGCCCAGCAUCGAAGAAGAAAGCUCAUCUAUGCAACUCUCUAGGACUUCAAGAUCUGAAAGUGUCAGCCAGAAGAUGUAAAAUGUGUCGCAACCUUUGGCGAAUGCUGCAAGGCGCCGAUGGUACUCUGUUAGACCAGGUAACCAAGUACAGCAAUGACACGUUCAAUGCCACAAAUCUAUACCUUCCCGACGGCGGUACCGAUCUCGAAGAAUUGCUGAAUCCCGGUCCAAAGGUCAAGUUGUCUGCGAGUGCAUCUCUCCAAUACCCGGAACGCUCGCAGCCAGAGUUUCACCUGCAGUUUCCGCGGCACCGUAGAUGGUCACAUGUCAAAGGAACAGCCAUCACGCGGUGGUUUCACAGCAGACUCUCGCAUCUGGGAUACCAAGACCCACCGGAGGAAUUAUCAACAAGGAAGUUUGACAGCACACUUUUACUUCGUUUGCAACUCCAUGUAACAUACAAAGUCCAGCCCAAACAUCGCGAAUCUAAUACCACUACCGUACAGGAAAAUUUCAUCCUGUUUUGGUCUUCGGUGAUCGAUGGCAAGGAUCUCGGCCGGGAUAUUCCCGAUUCAGCGCUUCUUACGCUGAUCCCGCAGGAUUUACGUCUCGAUGUUGAUCGAAAGUGGAGCCUCCUAGCUUCGUGGAUGGCCAAAGCUCCACAAGCAGGCUCUGAACACAGAUUGAACGGAUACCCCAGCCGAGUCCUCGAUCUUUCACGAGAUGGGCGUGUCAGAUUGGUCGGUCCGAGAAAUGAGCCCUAUGCAGCUCUAAGUCAUCGGUGGGGGACCUCGCGUCACUUCACUACCACUGCUCGUACGAUCGAUGAACUCAAGUCCGGCAUUUCAACAGAAGUACUGCCACAAACAUUCAGAGAUGCUAUUUCAGUAGCUCGGCGAUUAGGUGUCAAUUUCUUGUGGAUCGAUGCGCUGUGCAUUGUGCAAGAUGACGAAGAUGAUUGGCGACGUGAGUCUAAAAUCAUGGGAGACAUCUUCAUGCACGCAAAGACCAUUCUGGCGGCGCACUGUGCGGCCGACGACUCUGACGGGUUUCUUAUGAAGGCUUUGUCGCCACGUAGUGCGACCGAGUUCGAACUGCCAGAUACUAGCGAGCUCAAAGGUAUCAUGGGUGUCUACCGCCGUACCGACCUCGAGGUGGAUGUCACCAACAGCGCUCUGUCUAAGCGAGGCUGGGUUUUGCAGGAACGCUUCUUGGCCACACAUACGCUUCAUUUUACUAAACACGGCGUUUUGUCUGAGGCUGGAAGCGAAGUGUUUUCCGAAGACGGCCCACUCGAGCCGCGAGCUCGACAUGGUGGGCGGACAGCUUUUCUCGGACCAUCUGCUCUACCGGAUCUUCGGUCCUUUCUGACAGACUUCAGUUCGAACGGGAGAGCUGGGCUCAGCUACAAAACACCAUUGGAUUGGUUGACGCUAAUGGAAAUGUACACAAACUGUGAUUUGACGAGGGAAGAGGACAAGCUUUUUGCCAUCGCGGGUGUGGCCCGGAAGAUUCAACUACGCAAAGAAAGUGUCUGGUGUGCCGGAUUAUGGAGCGACAGGAUCUCCCAUGGACUGUUGUGGUUUCCUGGGCAAAGACUCAAUGCGCCAGUAAACACACGUGCACCAUCUUGGUCUUGGGCAGCUUGGGAUGGAUCUAUCCAGUAUCCUGAGAUCCUGCAGCGUAGCUCAUUUGAGGCUCGGGCACAUUUCGUCUCUGUUCAUGACAUGAGACCAAACUCGGCUUCAGGCGGGACUAAGUGGCUCGACAGUUCUGGUUUACUGAGUAUUAGAGCUUGUGUUAUAUCGCUUGAGGAUGUGGUGGUCACACAGGAUCACGCUCAGGUUGGACCCGGACCGGACAGACGAGGUUAUCUGACCAGUGACCAUCGGGACUUGCCACGCCUGGCUCUCAAGCAGUACUUACUCGCUUAUGAGUUGCGAGGACGCCGGCACACGUCCAAACGCCAAGCGAAGGGGCCACGUCUAGUAGUUCGGGUGGAUCAGCUACCGCCAUGUGGUUGGCUAACAUUUGACGACUCAAACUCUCUCUGGACUCAGAGGCUUUAUCUCGACGACGAGUCCAGUGUGGUACUGAAGGACUGCUGCUUCGCUCUUCUGGGCACAUUCCGAGCAGCCAAUCAAGGCCUCGUUUACUUGGGACUAUUCUUACAGCUUGUCGACGGCUGCAACGGUGAAGAUCAGGUGUACCGUCGCAUCGGAUGCGGGCAGCUAUCACAUUCAUUCAUAUCUGGAGGAGAUCUCGGCCUUGAGAGUCAAAGACCAGAGGGACUACCUUGGUCGACUGAGUCUGAUAAUGGUAUCCCGCAGCUACCGGCUGAACUCGCACGAAUGUCGACUAUCACCAUACAGUAGGCUCCAUCACGUUUGCUCCGCGAUAUUUGUCACAAGAAUACGAUUUAACCGCGGUCACUGCAACUCGAUAGAAACGUUUGCAUGGCGGCAUCUGUUCAGUCUCUAUGCUGCGGGGACCAAGCAGUGUGCUACUGCCAAAAGGAACAGAUUGAAGCAACUAGAUCAACACACGCUAAAAUUCGGAUCUUUAUGUAAUAC